GGAACGAGAAAAACAGGACACUUCGAGUAAGCUUGCGGCCAUUGGCGCACAUCAGGAGGGGCAGCUGGUGUCUUCGGUGUGA